AUGGCGAUUGGCAAAGAAGGAAAUGUGAAAUGGGUGGAUGGCCUCCGAGGUCUGGCAUCUACUCUAGUUGUCCUCACCCAUAUCGCCCGAGCAUUCGAUGGCGACCUCUUUUUGCCUGCUUCGGCUGAAGGUGCCGCACCGCGAAUACUCCAACUGCCCUUCAUCCGAAUCCUCGUCCAAGGACGAAUUGGUGUCUCCAUCUUCUCUUUCGUCACUGGCUACGUCUGCGCAUUGAAGCCCAUCAAGUUGUACCGACAGGGCAACCAGGAAGCCGCGUUCAACUCCAUCUCCAAGUCCGCCCUCCGUCGUGUUCCUCGCCUCGUCAUUCCCACUGCCCUGGCUACAUGUAUAAUCUGGGUCAUGGCCCAGCUGGGUUUCUUCCUCGUGGCGAAACGAAGCGACAGCUGGUGGUCCGGAGCCACUGCCCCUGAUCGUGUGCCGCACCUGGUGGAUGCAUUGAAGAGCUUGGUCUACAACUGUAUUACAACUUGGACAAAUGGUCGCAACGCAUACGAUGGAAACCAGUGGACGCUCAUGCCCCUGCUCCGUGGCAGCUUAUGGGUUUAUAUCUUCAUCGUCGCCACGGCGUACCUCCAGCCUCGCUACAGGAUGAUCGCCAGUAUUGGCAUGUUCUUGUACUUCUACAUCGCUGCAGACUCGGCUUUCGGCAUGCAGUUCUUUUGGGGCGUCUUCUUGUGCGACUUGCAGAACCACACACCGUCUACCGACUUCAUCACUAACCGCCCUCGCAUCUCGAAGAUGCUUGCUACCAUUUUCCUGGUGUUCGGUCUCUACGUCGCGUCUUACCCAGAGGGACACCAUGAAUGGCAAAGGUGGUCCCAGUGGCAGCAUCGAGUACUGGUCUCCAUCACUCCCAACAAGGCGGACUUGCCGCGCUUCGGCUCAGGAAUCGGACUCGAGCUUAUCACGCUAGGAAUUCACUUCAGUCCCUUCCUCAAGGAUGUCCUCUCGGGCAAGUACCUGUUGUGGCUGGGAAAGCAAUCCUUCGCUGUCUACCUGCUCCAUGGCCCCCUUCUACGAUGGAUACUUUGUUGGAUGGUAUACGGCACGCACAUGCCUCAGGACUUCACCAAUGACCAUGGUGAGAAGGUUCCGGGAAAGCUUAUUUUCCCUGGCGGCUACAAGCUGCUUAUUUGGCUACCCAUCUGGAUACCUUUGAACUACGGCGUGGCUCUGCUUUGGACCACGUAUGUCGAUCCGUGGUGCGCCACCGUCACUGAACAGUUCGUCGGCUACAUCAAGGUGGACAACACGGAAAAGCAAGGCGUUCUAUUGCCGCAUUAG